AUGGAUAUUUUUUUUAUUCAUAUGGAAAGUAUUUGGGAUACGAGUAUUUUAGCAGACUAUUUUAAGUAUGAGAAUUAUAAUGGGGUUAUACCACGGGAUGGCUGGUUAUUGAACUAUCAUAUGAAAGAGAAAGUGUGUCCUGAUACUAAGAGACUUAUAACAUGUGCAAUUUUAUACUUUAUAGACAGUGACAAUGAGAAUUUUCGGGUUGAAGUGCCCUUUCCACCGAAAAUACUUGUUGAAGCACCGGAGCAUGCCCUGUCCGCUGUAGAGGAUUAUUUAAUUGGGAAGUACCAGGAUAGUAUAAAGACCAUAGGGAUUACGAAGAGGAUAGAUUUACAAAAAGUGAAUCAUUUAGCAAGUGAUGGGUCACAGUAUUUAAUACUAAGCAUGUACUCAGAGAAAGACGCUUCUUUAAUAAAAAGAGAGGUUGAAGAAAUUUCCAGGCGGAAUAUGAUUAAGAAGAAAGAAGAUGCAACUUCACUUUUAUUUGCCAGGGAGAAGAGGCAGUGCAAUGAACCAGAACCAGAAGAGUUCAUUAAAAAUGUGUAUGAGUAUGAUAUUCCUGUAUCUGUCCAGAUGGCUAUAGAACUGAAUAUUAAUGCAGGUAAGUGGUAUACAAUUGAGUAUAAUGGGAAAUAUACUAUAACUGAAUCAUCAAAAGUGAUUCCGCCUGAUUUAAGGAUAUUCUCAUUUGACAUUGAGACAACCAAAGACCCAUUAAAGUUCCCAUCUGCAGAUAAGGAUCAGAUCAUGAUGAUAUCUGUUAUGACAACUCUGGGUGGCUGGUUGUUAAUUAACAGGGAGACAGUUGGUGCAGAUAUACAGCCAUUUGAGUUUAGACCAACAAGUGAUAUUGGAGGUGAGUUUGAUAUCUUCAAUGAAAAGAGCGAGAAGCACCUGUUGAAUAAGUUUAUGGAAUUACUGCAUACGUAUAAACCACAUGUUAUAACCACGUACAAUGGAGACUUCUUUGACUGGCCGUUUGUUGAAAAAAGACUGGAAGUCCAUGGUAUAAACCUGCACACUUCACUUGGGUUUAAGAACAACACAAAGGAUGAGUACGUUUGCGAUUAUAUUCUUCAUUUAGACUGUUAUAAAUGGGUGAAGAGGGACAGUUAUUUACCUGCGGGCAGUCAAGGCCUUAAAAGCGUAACAAAAGCAAAGCUUGGAUACUUCCCUGAUGAAAUAGAUCCAGAGAAUAUGGUACACUUCGCAAGGACUAACCCAAAAUUAAUGGCAUCGUAUUCUGUAUCAGAUGCAAUUGCCACGCACUUUUUGUACUUAAAAUAUGUCCACCCAUUCAUAUUCUCACUUGCAUCUUUAAUCCCACUUCCACCGGAUGAUGUGCUUAGAAAAGGGUCAGGCACACUGUGUGAGACUCUUCUGGUGAAGGAGGCUUAUUUCUGCCAUGUAUUAAUACCAGAAAAAAAAAGAGCACCACUUCUGCAUAAUUACAACGGGCGCAUGGCCGAGUCAAUUUCGUACGUGGGUGGGCACGUGGAGUGCUUAAAGUCGGGAAUAUACAGAUCUGAUUUUGAGUAUGAGUUUACCUUUAACAAAGAGUAUAUUGACAGAAUGAUUAGUGAGGUGGAGAGUAUAGUGGAUGUAGAGCUAAAAGGGAAGGAGUGCUUGAAUAAAAAAGAAGUAGUGGAAGAUAUACAGAUUAAGCUGAAAGAUCUGGCCAGCAUGAACAAAGCGUACAUGAAACCACAUAUUUAUCAUUUAGAUGUAGGUGCCAUGUACCCGAAUAUUAUCCUUACAAACAGACUGCAACCAUCUGCUAUAACAGAUGAAAAAAAGUGUGGCCAGUGCAUUUAUGCAGAAGGAAAGGACAUCUGCCAAAGAAAAAUGAACUGGAAGGGAAGGGCAGAAGUACUGGCCGUUGAUAAAAAAUCAGUUGAAACCAUUUCAAAGAGUACAAGAGAGGCAUUUUAUAAGCAGAGGAGGGAUAUAUUAACUAAUAAGGGCACACUCCCUAACCAGAAAGGUGGAAAAAUGCCCAGAUUUGAGGAGCAGUUCAAGAACAACUUAAUUGAGCAUGCAAAGAAGACAAGUAAGAAAACCAGAGAGAUAGUGAUUGAGGAUAAGAAGAGUAUUAUCUGUCAAAGAGAAAAUCCUUUCUAUGUGAAUGCCGUAAGAAAAUUCCGAGACAGAAGGAAUGAGUAUAAAAGACUAGCAAAGCAAGCAAAGACAAAAACAAAAGAAGCAGAGGCAGAAGCAGGACCAGGCACAGAGACAGCAGUGGAAUGGGCCAAGAAAGCAGGCAUAUACGAUUCUCUACAAAUUGCGCAUAAAUGCGUUCUGAACUCAUUCUAUGGGUAUGUUAUGAAGAAGGGUGCCCGGUGGCACUCUAUGGAAAUGGCAGCUGUAGUUUGCCAAACAGGCAGUUCUAUCAUACAAAACACUAAGACAGUAAUUGAUGCAUUUGGUGUUACGCUGGAGUUAGACACGGAUGGUAUCUGGGCAUUACUACCAGAAUCCUUCCCAUUGAAUUAUACGCUUAACACGAAGGAGGGACCGAUUGGAUUUUCGUACAUCUGCUCACUUCUGAAUUACAUGCUGCUGGAUCUUUUCAGUAACCACCAGUACCAAAUAAAAGAAGAGACUGGGGAGUACGCAGUUACAUCAGAAAAUUCAAUUCAGUUUGAAAUUGACGGUCCGUACAGGGCAAUGUUCCUGCCAGGGUCUACAAAACAAGGAGAGUCAAUUAAAAAGAGGUACAUCGUUAUAAAUAACAAAGAGAAGAUAUCCGAGCUUAAAGGGUUUGAGUUUAAAAGACGGGGCGAGCUUAAAUUUGUCAAGUCCUUCCAGGAGGAAAUGUUCAAUCUGUUAUUAAGUGGCAAUACGCUGGAGGAGUGUUAUAUGACACUCGCAGAGUGUGCUGACUACUGGAUAGAUAUUAUUGAAACAAAAGCACAGGCACUCGCACAGGAUGAAAUAUUCAACUACUUUGGAGAGACACGGAAUAUGUCAAAGAGUGCUGAUGCACUUUCUAUGGUGAAGACCACGUGUCUCACUGCAGCAGAGAGAUUAUCAGAACUCCUUGGACAGAAUGUCGUUGUGAAGGGAAUGUCCUGUUCAUUCAUUAUUUCAAAAUACCCAGAGAAUGAGCCAGUCACUUCUCGGGCCAUUCCUCAGUCAGUAUUCUAUGCAGAGAAGGGUCAAAAGGAGAAGUAUCUCCAGAAAUGGCUGAGAAUGAAAACAGUCCCAAACGAUAUUCGGGAGAUAAUUGACUGGUCGUAUUACUUAGAAAGACUUUCAAAUAUAAUAGCAAGGAUUAUUAUUAUACCGGCAUCACUUCAAGGCCUGAAGAACCCUGUGGGCAGAGUCAACCCACCGCAAUGGGCAGUGCACCACAAGAAAAUAACUGAAUUCUUCAAGAAAUCUGAGAGUACCGCAGAGAAUAUUAAUCCAUUAAACAGCACACGCACAGCACAGAAAAAACCUGAAAAAUCACCAGUAGAGGAGAAAAAGGGCCAUAAUCAGAGUCUUGUUGAUUUCUUAAGAGUCCAUUCAAGCACCACCCCGGGCGUGAUGACAGAAAAUGAAAAACCAUCGAAAGAUGAAAAGUCCGUUAUAGCAAUUAAGAAAAUCACGUCGUACGCAUUCACUGCCGUAUACGUAGAAGGCAAGAAGCUCAUUGAGAAAGAGAUCAAACAGAAGAAAACCUUCUAUUUACACGCAGACACAUCUGUCCUUGAUAGGAUUAUUGCAACGUACACUGCACUGAACAGCACAGAAGUAUCCGUAGAGAAAGUGGUUAAGCAUGCAGUUGGUAUAACGGGCAGAAGAGAGUUUGUGAAGGUGGUGAUGGACCCAGUAGAAUUCAAUAGUAAAUUCCAUAAGUACACAAACUUAUUUGAAUCUCCAGAGAUUAAAGGUAUUUAUGAGCUAGACGUACCAAAGGAAGUGCGUGCACUAAGCAUGGUAAAAUUUAAAAGAGUCCCCGUAUACGUAAUAACCACAUGUACAUCAGAAGGGAAGCCGAUUUAUGCGUUAUACACAGGAUUAAGCAAAUCACCUACACCCAGAAUCCCAGAAGUAUUUGAACCAUCCACGGUGGGUGUACAUCUGUUUGAUAACCGGCCGGAUUUAGUAAAGUACCUCAAGCCGCUAGAUCUUGGUGUAGUCUUCUAUACAAAGAAUUCUUCAUUAUCUGCGAUUAAAGUAAAGCACUGCGUAAUGGCAAUUGACGUGUUAGUCACAAAAACCAUCCAGGACAAGUCUGCUGCAAUAUCUGCCCUAAUGGAAACAUUAAAUAAAGCAGUCAAGAAAGCCCAGAAACAAGUGGAUAUCUCUGAAUUUGCAAAUAUUCCGAUACUUCCGAUCGAAUUCUCCAGGGAAACACUCAUCUUAGACUACCUCCAUUAUAAAGAAAGAGAGUCUAAGCAUAUUAUAGGAUGGAAUGACACGCACUAUAAAAAAAGAAUUCAUUACACACCAGAGGCACCUGAUGAAAAUCCAUUUAAAAAGGAGUUAUACAGAGAAGGUGUCUAUGAAGGUAUCUCAGUCGGUGUGUCAGUGACAGGCAGUGUACUACUCUGUAUAAUUGAAGCAGACACUUUAAUGAAAGAAGAGCGAGCCAAUUUCAAGCAGGGAAUUGAAAUGGAAGCAAUCCAAAGCCUUAUAAAGAAAGUAGUCUACCACUGCAUUAAGAAAACAUCAGGUGCCCAGGAGAUAGCCAAUAAUAUUCCAUACUGGGUCAGAUCAAUAGAAAAGACCAGUUCAGUAACAGAAUUCAUUGCUUCUCGUAUAUCCCUCCUUCAAAUAAAAUUCAUUUCUGGGGUCGUAUCAGGGAUUAACAGGAGUGGUGGUGAAGUAAUUGCAGCAGAUGGUGAAGAUUUAAUAAUUCAUACGGGCCAGUCUACAAAGCAUUCAGCACAAGCACACUUAGACCAAAUAUUCACAGAAGUAAGUAAUUUAUCGUACGGUUCACUUCUAAGACUAAGAGUCUCCCAGUGGUAUAAGAGAGUGUUAAUGGUAGACCAAGCAAAUUAUCAAAAGAUACUUCUACUGAAUGACCGUAUGGUAAGUACGUUUAUUCAUCCGGUCCCCAGUGUGAUAAUUGAUGAUCUCCUUAAGGAUGAUGAUUUAAGUGCCUUAGAGUACAUUAAAGAGGCUUACAUGCAAAGUACAUCAAAUGGGUUUACUAUCACUAGGUUACUUAUUAAGAUAUACGGGUUAAAGCAUAAAUCACCAGAAUUCUCCAGGAAGUCUGCUAAGAUUGUUCAAUUAAGUCCAUUCUCUGAGGAGAUACUCCGACCGUUUGGUGAAUUUACGACGGUCACCAUAGAAUGCCAGUGCUCUGCAACGACUGUUAUUCACUCACCACAUAACCCGAUUACGGCACAGUCGGAGAUUGACGGCUUCUUUAAUGAACUGAUUCAGCACAGUCAGCGGAUAGAUUUAAAGUGCAAGAAGUGUCUGGUCCCAUUCACUCGGCUGGUUAUUGAAGAAUCCAUUACUCGCCAAAUCCAUGCAGUCACGAGAAGAGUAGUAAAAAUGGAGAGGAAGUGCGGUGUGUGCAAGAAGCCAAGUUUAAACCCACUUGCAGCCAGGUGCGCUUGUGGUGGAAGACUCUCCAGGGAGAUUAAGCAAGAAAUCAAUACGGCUGUGAGUGAUAUUAUAUCUAUAUGUACGAUUGCACCAACUAUCUCUAUAAUUAUAUAUGCUAAAACAAUGAUUGACUACCUUACUAUAAAAUAAACAUAAAAUAAUUACCAUA